CCGGCGAUCAUCCAUCGACAAACCGACCACUCUUUAGCUUUCAGCUUUCAAAGCAACACUACAACACGCCUCUUGCGGCCACGGCAAAGUAGUCACCAUGGCGCAGACCCAGCCAGACUACUACGCCGUGCUCGGCGUGGCCCGUGACGCGCCAGACUCGGAGAUCACACAGGCCUGGCGACGGCUCGUCCUCGUCAGCCACCCGGACAAGCAACAGGCAGCAGGCAAAUCCGCAUCCCCAGAGCCAAGUAAUGACAUUGUUCUCAUUAACGAGGCGCGCGCCGUGCUCUCGGACCCGGCAAAGCGCGCGGCCUUCGACGCGCAGUACGAGGCGCCCAGGCCACCUCCUGCCGCCGGGCCACGGAUACGGGAGCAUGUCUCGCUCGAGGUCUUUACUCCUCACCCCGUGGACGAGCCGGAAAAGUACACGCACCCCUGUCGCUGUGGACACGAGUACGUCGUUACCAUCGACGACCUCGAGGCCGGGGUCGACGUGCUCGGAUGUCCCGGGUGCGGAGAGUACAUUGUCGUCGAGUACGAGGAGGUCGAGGAGUAGGUAGAGGGCCGAUGGGGAUACCAUGCAUUUUGAUACCCGGUG